GGCUUGUGUCUUGGGCUUUCAUGUACCUUUCGGACUGUAGGCGCCGCCAGCGGGGAGCACCCCAGAUCUCACGGACUCCCAGUUUUCCAAACCUGAAGUAUUUUGCAUUCAAAGCAAAGAGAAGGUUUGUGGAUGUUGAAUAUGCAAAGACAUGAAGAGGGAGAGAUUGGAAGAGGGACUUGUCCAGGAUGGACAAACAAGCUGGCUGUAGAGCAGGAUGUCUAUGAUAUUGACUCACCAGGGACAGUAGCAAAGAGAUUCCAAGAAGGUGAAUACCAAGAUUGUACUCUUGAAAAAAAAUAUGCAUGUGAGGGCAUGAAGAAAAACUCUCCUGGACAAGUUCUUCGGCCCUGCCUUUUCCAGGAAGGACGUUUUGGGGGAAUAAGUUUCAUCCACAAGGAUGCACACCCUGAAAUGGUUAGUCAAGAAUAUAGUUUUGAGAAAAGCUUGCUUUUGACCUCAAGGCUUGUAACACAUCUCAGAGUUUCUACAGAAGAGAGCCUACAUCAGUGGGAAACAAGUAAUGCACACACUAAUGAGAUUUCAGACCAGAGUAAAUGUUCAACUCUCUCAACACAGAAAAAUUCUUGGGAAUGUAAUAAAUGUGGAAAAAUCUUUACUCAGAGCUCAUCCCUUACACAACAUCAGAGAACUCAUACUGGAGAGAGGCCCUAUGCAUGUGAAGAAUGUGGGAAAGCUUUUAGUCGAAAUUCAUUCCUUGUUCAACAUCAAAGAAUUCACACUGGAGUGAAACCAUAUGGAUGUGAGCAGUGUGGGAAAACAUUUCGAUGUCGAUCAUUUCUUACUCAGCAUCAGAGAAUCCACACUGGAGAGAAACCUUAUAGAUGUAACGAAUGUGGCAGUUCCUUCCGCAAUCACUCACAUCUCACUGAACAUCUGAGAAUUCACACUGGAGAAAAACCUUAUAAAUGUAAUAGAUGUGAGAAGGCAUUCAAUCAGAACACACACCUUAUUCAUCAUCAGAGAAUUCACACUGGUGAGAAGCCUUAUCUAUGCAAUGAAUGUGGCUCUUCUUUUCGCAAACAUUCAAAUCUUACACAACAUCAGAGAAUUCACACUGGGGAAAAACCUCAUAAAUGUGAUGAAUGUGGGAAAACUUUCCAAACAAAGGCAAACCUCUCUCAGCAUCAGAGAAUUCAUACUGGAGAGAAACCCUAUAAAUGUAAGGAAUGUGGCAAAGCAUUUUGUCAGAGCCCAUCUCUUAUAAAACACCAGCGAAUUCAUACUGGAGAAAAACCCUAUAAGUGCAAGGAAUGCGGCAAAGCUUUUACUCAGAGCACUCCACUCACUAAACAUCAAAGAAUUCAUACAGGGGAGAGACCCUACAAAUGCAGUGAAUGUGGUAAAGCCUUCAUUCAGAGCAUUUGCCUUAUUCGGCAUCAGAGAAGUCACACUGGAGAAAAACCCUAUAAAUGUAAUGAAUGUGGAAAGGGCUUUAAUCAGAAUACCUGCCUCACUCAGCAUAUGAGAAUUCAUACUGGCGAGAAGCCUUAUAAAUGUAAAGAUUGUGGGAAAGCCUUUGCUCAUAGUUCAUCUCUUAUUGAACACCAUAGAACUCACACUGGUGAGAAACUUUAUAAAUGUAGUGAAUGUGAAAAAACCUUUCGGAAGUAUGCACACCUUAGUGAACAUUACAGAAUUCACACUGGUGAGAAGCCUUAUGAAUGCAUAGAAUGUGGAAAGUUCUUCAGGCAUAGUUCAGUCCUUUUCAGACAUCAGAAACUUCACAGUGGUGAAUAAUGCUGGCAUUUAGGUUAUGACAGUUUCUCUAGAGAGUGACUAGAAAUUUGGCUAGAAGGAGAAGAGCAGGUAGAGUUCCUGGAGGGAAGGAUGAAGGAGCCUUGGCUACUGCAUUCUUAGAAGAGUGUUUCCAGAAAUGGAGGAGGUGGGAGCUUGGAGAACGCAGAACCUACUAGUGCAAGUGGGCAUCUGGGAAUAUUGGGUAGAAUGGAAGUCCUGUUUUUCAGAUAAAGCCUGCAGGUUGCCACUGCUUUGUCCCCAUGUGACUCCUACACCUUGAUGAGGCAUUUGUUAAAUUAGCACUGUGUUUCCUUUACUACACCCCCUCCCCCACCUUCUGACUUCAUUGCACGUGUUUACUGGCUUAUCGGUUAAUGUGGUAUUCCAAACACUGCCUGUCAGUGUGGAAGUGGCAUAGUUCUGAUAUAGUGAUAAGUUUAAGUAGCCUCCAGAUGUUUGAGGCAUCUCUGACCAUGCUACUGUGGGGAGGCUCUCUGACCUGUGCGAGUCGUCCUGUGAAGGGAAGACAGAAAUAAGUCAAAAACAAUCCAGAUUCAUUCAUUCAAAAAUUAGGAAAUUAUCUGGCAAGAACUGGGCUGAUCCCUACAAUGUGCUGUUGAAGAAGGCUUUUAUCAGGGCAAAGGCUUUACCUGACCCUUUCAAGCUUUUGGGAAACUUGGGCUAAGAAGUAAAUAGGAGGUCAGUAGAGACUUCGUGAUGCCAGUUUGUGGGAAAGCAGCCAGAUGUGCUGAGAGAGCCAGAGACAGGAAGACCCAAUCUCUGUCCUAGAGGAAUAUUGGUUUACUCAGGAGAGAAAUGGUCUGUUCUAGAUUACUGGUGAUAUGAGUCCACAGAGAAGGGAGCCUGCACUGUGACUGAGCAAGUCACCUACAUAACCCUGCCUGCACUAGGCUGUACACUGUCUCUUAUAAGUUUGGCUGGGCCACUGGUUCACAGGGACCAGGGGAGAGGGACCUACUACAACUGAUAGUGUCCAAACAAAAUGAGACUUCGUUGGGAGAAUGCAUUAGCGAUGAAGAGAGACAGCUUUUUAGGUUGGCUGGAGUUUAGGGCUACUGGACUAGUCCUUAAGAGAGUGUUAACAUUUGUAAUGGAAUGACUUUGGAAAGAGUUCGAAAGGGAAUAACCUCUUUCAAAUACCCUGAAAAAUCAAAAUUACACAGUUUUUUACUGUGAUGGUAUUUUAUUCUUUUGAGAGAAAUGACAGUUUUCUCUUU